AUGGGUGUCACCGGCCUCCUCCCGCUCCUCAAGUCUAUUCAACGGCCCACCGAGCUGAAGAAGUACUCCGGGGAGACCUUCGCUGUUGAUGCCUAUGGAUGGCUUCACAGAGGCGCGAUAGCCUGUGCUAUCGAGCUGGCACAGGGCAAGCCGACCCAAAAAUACAUAACCUAUUGCAUGCGUCGAGUAAAGAUGAUGCAGCAUUUUGGCGUGACACCAUAUCUUGUUUUCGAUGGCGGCCCUCUGCCGAGCAAGGCAGGCACAGAGGCUUCCCGGCUCCAGCGUCGAAAAGACAGCCAACAGGCUGGCUUGGAGCUCCUCAAGGCCGGCAAGCCUUCCCUUGCUCACAAGGAACUCCAGAAAGCCGUCGAUGUGACGCCAGAGAUGGCUCGUCUCGUGAUUGAGGAGCUGAAGAGGGCAGGCCUUCCAUACGUUGUGGCCCCAUACGAGGCCGAUGCUCAGAUGGUUUAUCUCGAACGCCAGGGUCUGGUUAGCGGGAUUGUGUCUGAGGACUCCGACUUGCUGGUCUUCGGGGCGAAGAGGCUCCUGACAAAGCUCGACGACUACGGCCAGUGCAUCGAAGUAAACCGUCGAGACUUCGCGGCCUGUCGCGAUCUCCACAUGGCUGAUUGGACUGACGCUCAGUUCCGCCACAUGGCAAUUUUCUCGGGGUGCGACUAUUUGGGUGGCAUCAAGGACUUUGGACUGAAGACGGCGUACCGCAUGCUUCGAAAAUACAAGACACCUGAGAAGGUUCUGAAGAGGAUUCAACUCGAGGGAAAGCUUCGUGUAGCCCCCGACUUCUUGGACCAGUUUCGCCAGGCAGAACUGACCUUCCUCUACCAGCGUGUUUUCUGCCCAACAGCACAGGAGAUGGUCUUCCUCACACCGCUGCCAGAGGAUCUCAACGCUGAUGACAUGCCCUUCAUUGGUGCUUUCAUAGAAGCCUCCGUCAUGCAAGCCAUCGCAGCAGCAGAUGUGAACCCCAUCACCAAGGACGCGAUCGUUGUCCCGCCCUCGCCCGAGUCCAGGAAGCGUCGGGCUUCGUCGUCGGCUCACCUAGGCCCUAUGCAACCUCCCUCGGCCAAGAAGCCCAUCGAUUCCUACUUCAAGAAGGAUCAGAGGAUACCUCUUGGUAACAUGGACCCCAACUGUUUCACGAUCGAUCCACAGCGGGUUGCCACCAUGACAGAGAACGGCGAGCGACCCAUUGUGUUUCCUCUUCCCAGGCCGUAUGUCGAUGUUGCGGCUUCGCAGAGUCCAUCUGCUGCUCGGCCAUAUACCAAUCGCCUCCCAGUUUCGUCCUCGGCAUCAUCCCGGGCGCUACGCCGUCGCACCGAACCCAUUGGCAAUAUGUUGGCUGAUGCCGGUGUCUACACUGAUACCUCAUCGCGACGCCAGACACUGGGUUCGCAUAACCGCGGGGCUGUUUUCACCCGACCGCCUAAGAAGGCAAGGCUGUGUGAUGAUGCGAGUUUGGACAUGGCCCCGAGCAAGGAGACAAGCAAAUUCUUCCCAACAGGCGGCAAAAGAGCUUCAUCCAAGGCCGAUGGAUAUCUCAUGUCAGACGACUCGAUUGAGGAUGCGCUGCGGGAUCUGCCCGACAUUGAUGGCUGGCACUCGGGGAACAAGAAGAAGAUUGCGGUAUUUGAGGAGGUCUCACAAGAAAGUACAGAAGAUAUUCCUAAGGAUGACGACAUCGAGGCACUAAACACAGCCGCCUCGGAAACAGAGGCACUGCCCUCAGAGACCCCUCUACGAUCCAACCUCAGUCGGUUCACCUUUGGCCAAGAUUCGACAGCCAGCUCUCUCAACGCACGGCGGAUUUCCUAUAGUCGACCCACUCCUGCGUCUUCAGUGCAGUCAUCAGCUACGCGGUCGACCCCGGCAUCUUCCAACUCAUCCAUAGGAAGCGUGUCUACGGCGAGAUCGACGCCUGCCACUCCAUUGAUGACACCACUGCAGAGACUGGGUGCUCGAGCUAUGAAUACAGCGAAGCAGCCUCCCACGCCAACCUUCGCUGUUCCCAGGCCGGUGAAGAAGUCGAGCACUUCAAGACGAAGUCUCGAUAACCUUCCCGUCAACCCAUCGUUCGUGCCGCUGCCUUCCGUGGAUCUGGACGAGGUCGAAGCGCUGCAUCAGACUGAAGGCAGCGAGGACAUGAUUGUCCCGGAGAGCGAGAAUGAGGAGGAUGGACAGGAAAAUAUGGGCAAGCGAGCAGACAGAAGAUUGGACCUCUCGAGGUUUCUUUUCGCUUGA